AUUUGGAGCAUAAGCUACAUAAUUCUGGGAUAAAAGGGGGAGUCAGAUGAGCAUAAUUCUGCAUAGUCUGGUCACACCAGGACGAAUUCACAAUGGAGGCGUCCUCCAGUCUUACACCAAGUGGGCAAAGCAUUAGCCCGACGCCUUGGCUCAGCUAGCUCGGCGAUGUGAUUGGUGGCCGAUUAGAUACCUGGGUCUUUAGAUUUCUUUUUAAGGACCAGGGUCAAUACGAUUUAGAGCAGGGAAACUACCAUGCAUUGUGCCCAAAGCCCCGUAUAUAAGCGGCUGAUCCUCCGUUUCGGCGCCCUUAGCAAUAUGCACUUGCCGUGUAACCCUCUACUACGGCCAGCCGUCGGGUAAAAAAAACCUGGAUCCAAGCCUCAUGACAGAGCCUACACCCAGUGUUCUUGAGAAGGGGGGCAAGGCGGAGGAGUCAAACAGAAGCUCAGAAGGGUACAACGACUUUGAAAAUGUGCCGAAAGAGGAUGAUAUGACUGUGGUCGACUGGGAUGGACCCGACGACCCCGAGAACCCCUUUAACUGGUCGACUCCGAAGAAGGCGCGGCAGUUAGUAUUCAUGGCAUUCAAUACUUUUGUCAGCCCUCUAGCAUCGUCCAUGUUCGCCCCAGGCGUCCAAUAUGUCAUGCGCGACUUCCACACCACCGACCAAAUGUUGGGAUCAUUUGUUGUUUCCGUCUACAUCUUGGGCUACAUGCUAGGGCCCUUCCUCAUCGCGCCCCUGUCAGAGAUAUAUGGCCGUGUUCCGCUAUACCACGCUUGCAAUGUGAUCUUCCUGGUGUUCACCAUUGCUUGUGCAGUGGCACAAACCUUGCCUCAAUUGAUUGUGUUCCGUUUAUUCGCAGGUAUCGCUGGCGUUUGUCCCAUCACUAUCGGCUCCGGGACGGUCGCCGACAUGGUGCCAGUGGAAAAGAGAGCUGGUAUUAUGGCGAUCUGGGCUCUAGGGCCUAUCUUGGGACCCGUUGUUGGACCCAUUGCAGGUGGGUUCCUAGCCGAAUCAGUGGGCUGGCGAUGGGUGUUUUGGGUGCUUGCGAUCGCGACCGGUGUCAUGACGAUCGGGUGUCUGUUAUCCUAUCGUGAAUCGUAUGCCCCAGUGCUUCUACGACGUAAGACUGAGCGACUGCGCAAAGAGACCGGCAACCCCAAUCUUCGCUCGGCCCGUGGCGACACCAAGAUUACCAAAGAGCUAUUCAUAACCGCGCUGGCACGACCUAUGAAACUUCUCUUCCGUUCGCCGAUUGUAUUCCUGCUUUCCCUGUUCGCGGCUGUCACGUACGGGUACCUAUACUUGAUGUUCACCACUUUGACCCCGAUCUUCAGAAACACCUACGGCUUCUCAUCUGGUCUGGCCGGCCUCGCCUACCUGGGCUUCGGGAUCGGAAGUAUUAUGGGUCUGGGGAUCUGUGGUGUGGUUUCCAACCGUAUCGCUGUUAGUCACACCGCACGCGGCUGUUUCAAACCGGAAUCGCGUCUUCCCCCCAUGCUAUUCGGAAGUUGGGCAAUUCCAGCCGGCUUGUUUUGGUACGGCUGGUCGGCACAGGCCCAUACUCACUGGAUUGUGCCAAUUCUCGGAACGGGCGUCUUUGCGAUCGGCCUUAUGGUCGUGUUUAUGGCGUCGAAUACGUACUUGGUGGAUUCGUACUUGAGGCAUGCCGCGUCUGUCACGGCUGCUGCCACGGUGCUGCGUUCGUUAAUCGGCGCUGUGCUCCCGCUGGCUGGUCCAUCCAUGUAUGAGGCGCUGGGUCUGGGAUGGGGGAACUCAUUGUUAGCAUUUAUUGCGCUCGCGAUGUGUGCCUGCCCGUUGCUGUUUUGGAAAUACGGAGAGUUUAUUCGGACUCAUCCUCGGUUUCAAAUUGCUUUAUGAUGUGCAUUCAUGGCCUUUUCGGGUUUCAAAAGUUCUCAUAUACAUGUAAUAGAGUGUUCGGCGUUCUUGUUGUUCAUAAUAUCA